AUGGCAAAUAAUUCAAUUGUUGAUACAAACAAUGAUUUCUUUAUCAAUGAAGAAAAAAUUAAACUUGAAAAAGAAUUACAUAUAGAAUCGGUUAUUAUUAAAAAUGAAACAUUGGAUAACGAUGUUAUCAUGGAAGGUGGACAAAUUAAAAAUGAAGAAGGCAGCAAUGAUAUUGAUAGUGUUGUGAGUGUAAAACUGGAACCGGUUCAUGAAGAUUUAUAUACAGAAACAAUUUUUAUUAAAAAUGAACCAUUCGAUGACAAUGUUACAAUCGAAGACGAACGAAUUAAAAAUGAAGUACCAGAAGAAGGUAGCAAUGUUAUUGGUAGUGAUAUGGGUGUAAAACAUGAACCUGAUGAACAUACAGACCAUCAACAUAAUCUAGUUAAACAUAAACGGAUUCGUAACGCAGAAAAUUCAUUUUCAUGUGAUAUUUGUUCUUUAAUUAGACAUAAACGGAUUCAUAAUGGGGAACAAUCAUUUUCAUGUGAUAGGUGUAAUAAAACAUUUAAACACCAAGCUGCUUUAGUUCAACAUAAAUGGAUUCAUAAUAGUGAAGAAAAACUGACACUGACUACUGAAAGAAGUAAUUUAAAAACUUAUUCACGGUCGAAAAGCACAAACAAAGAAACAAAAUAA